CUACACGUGAUGCGUUUUCUGAUAAAACCAUAUCAAUUCCCUUUAAGUUCCAGAUGUAAAGCCGAGAACUUGGACCCUUCUCGAAGUAAACACGCCGGUGUAAGCACCGGGUGAGAGAUAGGGGCGAAUAACCGUACUCGCCCCGGGUUAGCAAUGCUCAUUAUCAACUCAAUAGUAUUAUGUGUUGUGGUGACCUCAAGUUAUGGCCUAGAAUUGGUUAGGGCCGAAUACGGCCCUGGCCAAUUCAACAAAAGGGUACCAUCUCGCAACGACUCGGUGAUCCCGGAGUCUACAAGCUCACCUGAUAUACUAGCUUCUAGUUUCAUAUUAACGGGCUCAGAGACGUAUCAGAGGCCUAUAGAUACUGUUUCAGACGCGCCGAUUACGAAUUCUGUUAAUGACGCGUCUGUCGUUACAACGUCCUCAGGCGGGAGCUCUAUUCUAUCAUCGCCUGACCUUUUCUUUGAGCCUUUGAACUUAGGAACUAUUACCACAAUUGCGAGGCCGACGCUUGUAUUGCCUACGUCAACACCGAUAAGGGGCAGUUCAAAGAUCCUUGAUAGCAGUUCAAGCUCUGCUUCGAACACGGGCGUAGGAGCCCCCUCGCCCCCAAUAGCGUCGUCAUUCUCUUUCAAUGCGACAUCGAGACCAUGGGGCUGGAAUGACACAUCCAGCGCAUCUUUACUGCCCUCCCUUACCGUGACUCAAACUACAUCAAUUAUUAGCACAACCCCUACCAUUACUGCUACACCGAGCGAGUGCCCGGAGAAGGAUAGCGGGUCCGUUACUGUCACUUCAUAUUCUAUCAUUUACACAUCGACGAUAACAUGGAGUGGAGAUCCUUCCGACUAUAUACCCCCUUACCCGCCAAUAAGCACACCGGUACCAUGCACUCCCAAAGAAAGCCCAACAGGGCGUUUUACCAUAACCUUUUGCGACAGCACGGGUAAGACAUGCUCAUUUAUCCACACUACAACGACAAAUAACUUUCUCAACCCAACUACGACUGUCACAUUGAUUACGACAGACAAGAAUCCUGCUGUGGUUUUUCCGACCCAAACGCCUCCCGGUUAUGGCGGGUCUCCUUCUGGGCCAAAUAGCCACGAAUCAGCCAUAAGCGGCGGAAACUUGAUUACCCCUGGAUAUGGUAUAGACCCAACACCUAUCGAAUCAGCUAAAUCGUCACCAACUCCAGUCAAUGACAUUGAUACAGGAAAUGGCGGAGAGAAUGGCGGGGAAAAUAACGAAAACAGCGGAAAUGGAAGCGAGAAUGAAAACGGGAACGGGAGUGGUGGGAAUGGAAAUGAAAAUGGUGGCAAUGGCGGUAGCAACAGUGCCGGCUCGCCUCCAAUUACCGUAAUAGUUCAGCCCGGCGCAGUAAUAAUCGGCGACCACACAUUUAUCGACAAUCCAGCGCAACAAACGUCUACAGUAAUUAUAGGAGGCGACUCAUUUAUCAUCAGUCCGUCUCAGGUGGUGGGCGCUGGUGCCACCAUUACUCGGCCUCCGUCUAAUGUAGGGGUUGGUUUCAUGCCUACCCCUACACCGAUAACGACUUCGGUAGGAGGUUUAGGGGUGACAUACGGGCUUUCCGUCGCAACAAUAGACGGUACAAUAUUUACUAUCAAACCCACGUCCACGGUAGUGGUAGUUAGGGGACAGACAAUAACCCUCGGGCCCACAGACAUCGUCUUCCCCACGCAAACCCUCCACGUCGCCGCAGGCGGGCCCGGGCCGACGCAGACCGCCGUCAUGGGCGGCGAGCUUAUUACUGCCAUCGGAUCCGAUACAAUCAUCAUCGAGGGCACCACACUCACCUACGGACCCGACGCUAGCACCACGCUCACAACGGUCGUAGAUGGGGAUACGGUUCUCGUGGCACCGAUGGGUGUUAUCAUUCAUCACCAGACUCUAGGCGGUAUUGCAGCGGCACCUGGAGUUACUAAAUACGCAAUCGCGGGCGGAGCCACGGUCACGCAGAUGGGACUCACAGCAGUUGAGAUCAGCGGUGUCACAUUCCACGUCGGGAUAGGAGCUUCAGAGGCCCUGACUACGAUUAUUGGGGAACAUACUCUGACUAUCGGCCCCGAAGGUGUUGGGAUGGAGACUUGGACUCUGGGGGCACCAGGGGCAUCAACCACGACGCUUAGCCCGGGUCGUGGUGGUAGCAGUGGCGGUAAUAAUGCCGCUUUGACGAUACCAGCGGCGACGGGAUCAGGGUCGGUGGGGGAGAGAAAAGGAAACGGAGGACAAAAUCCAAGACCAGAUUGGGGACUGCAGCGCCUCUUCUCGGUCGGCGUCGGGUGCCUUGCCCUAUUGUGAAAAAGAAAAAAAACUCCCAAUUGUUGUACUAUCGCUCAGGCUGUCUACGUGUAUACUCGCCUACCAUACAUACAUUUUCAAGCGGUUGGUUUCAUCUUCGCAUGGCGCAAAAUGGAAAUGAAGGAGAGGGGGGGCAGUACGAAAAAUCAAUCGUUCAAGUUAACGACGUUAUGAUACCCGUGGGGCAAACAUAUACAUCUCACAUCUUGCAUCUAUCAUUUUAGGCGAUCGAAGGAUCCUAGAAGGACAUCAUGUAAUUUAUUCACCUAGGAUAGGUACGCUAGGUGAUCGACCGAUGCAUGUUGGAGCCGCAUUGUCAGGGGUUGGG